AUGCAAACCCACGCAUGGACUUUGACAUUGUACACAGAGAAGAACUAUGGAGGGCAAGUUGUGGUGAUUGACGGCGAGGCUGAUCAAUCCGUUACGCUAAAAACCUCAUAUCCAAACUUUGAUAAAACCGUAUCUUCAUUCGAUUGGUCGAGAGGAUGGCUCGAAAGCUGUUGUAUUAGGUUUUAUGAGGGAACCACACAAGUCGGGUUUUCAUGUCCUAGUUGGCAUAAGCCGUCCUUAAUUCGCGAUAAUGCUAUUACAGCAUUCGAA